AUGAAGACCAUGCAGUGCCAGGAGCUGAUGCAGGAGCGCAUGUCCAUGGAGCUCUCGGCCACCACCCCCGUGCAGACCUCCUCCCAGACAACCGAGAGAACCGGCGAUACGGUGUUCCUCAGCUUGUGGCCCGGAGCUCCUACACUCCUGCGGGGCCGGAGCGUUCCCGAGUUCGCGGAAAAGCCGCAGUCGCUCGCCGCGCCCGAGGGGACAAAGCCGUGUUCCGAGCCCAGGGACAGGGGAUCCCCAGUGCAGCGUCUCCAGGAGGAGGAGGAGUCCGCCUCGAUGCUCUACGACAGCAGCAACCAGGAGCACGCCCUGCAGCUGGAACCACUGGCCUCGGAUGACUCUGACUGCUACAAGUGCAUUGCAAGCAAGGAAGAUGCAUAGGCCAUGUACACAGUGUCCUUGCUGGUGACGGAGGGAUUGUGGACCCAGCCUGGGCAGGCUCUGGACGCCCUGACGUGUGCCAGUUUGUUAUCACAACCUCAGCCCAUCCAGAUUCUGAGCCCCUGGAAGACAGAGACCAGGACUGACACCACAGUAGCCCUUGACUGCAUCGUGGAGCUGAAGGACCCAAUGCUGGAUACUGAGCCACUGGGGACCCGGGACUCCCUGGGCAGGUACGACAUGCAGCAGUUGAGCACCAAGUACCUGCCGGUUAUUACCAACCUUAGCAUGAGUGACUCUGGCACCUGCAGCCCAGCUGGGCAAGGAGAGGAUGAGCGGACUGGCCCUCCUCUGUCUGCUGCAGACGAACCACUGAGCUUGGGGGAGAUGAAGCCGCCGGAGGUGACAGAGCACCAGCCAGCCGUAUCUGACAGCUGUCUCUCCGAGAAGGAGCCUAACUUUGAGUGGAAGUUCAGUGGACAGGAGCUGAAGAGGGACGACAACUAUGAAAUGACGGGCUGCAUCCCCAUCAAAUUUGUGAGCACCCUGUCAAAUGCAUGUGUGAAAGAAGGGAGCCAUGCAUGGCACAAGUGUGAGCUGACACCCAGGGAUGUGACACUCAUUGCAAGAAAUACAGGCAGCUGCUGGCACACGGGCAAGUAUAGCACGAGCCACGAGGGCAAGCGAGCGGAGCUGGCCAUGGACAACGCACCGCUCAGCAAUGGCAGCGAGGACACCAUGGAUGGAGCACCCAGUGAAUACAGCAGUGCUGCCCCAAGUGUGGAGGAACAUCUGGCCACUGUGAAGAGUGAUUCCAACAUGCACACAGCCACAGGGAGUCCACAGAGAGCCGAGUUGCGCAUGGUGCUGAACAACAAGAAGGCGGAGGGCAUGUGGCAUGAAGGGGCAGACGAGAUCACGGUCUUGCCGGGCGUGCAGAUUGGGAAGCAGGGUGUGCCGCUCAAGGUCAUCCCUGAUAUGGGCCCGGAGUAAAAGGGCAAGUGCGCAUUCCGGGCCAAGGGAACUCAGAGCUAAGCCUUGGCAUUCACUGCAGAUCCUCCUACCGUCCACCCAUCAGUACUGGAGGCUCUGGCCAUGCCCCUGGCCGUGAAGGUGAGCCACACUGCCCAUAGCAAGGUAGCAUUUCUGGGUGAAGCCAUUGCCCAAGGUGACAUAGCACAGGAUGGCACGGAGGUGACAGAGGGGGAACAGGUGUCCUCGGAACCCAGGGAGGACCAGGUGCCGCUCACCAGCAUAAGGGAAGACAGCGGCCUCGUCCUGCUGGAGCUCACGAAUGACCACAGCUCAGCCACCGCCACUCUGCACCUGAGUGUGCUGGGCCUCCCCACGGCUCCGCAGGGCCCAGCGGAGUCCCUGGAGCUCUCAGGUAACCGUGUGCACAUGAAGUGGAAGGCCCCAAAGGACAAUAGCAGGUGCCCUGUGGCACGUUCCAGAGUGGAUCAGGCAGCAGUCGGCAAGAAGUCCUGGAUUGGGAAGGCGCGAGGUGAAUGGCAAGUCACCAACUCCUCUACCACCAAGGUCGCAGAGGGACCAGCCGACCGGUUCCGUGUGGUGGCAGUCAAUUUGGAAGGUGUGAGUGACCCACUGGAAACUGACAAGGUCAGUGAGGGGCACCCUACAGAGCCCCUUGGUCUUGCUUCCCAGCCUCAGGUGUCUGAUGUGACCAAAGAAACAGUGACUGUCAUAUGGAAUGUCCCCGCCCAGGAGGGCCCAGUGCUCGGUUACACUGUGGGGCGCAAUAAAGGUGAUAAGCUGUGGGUGCCAGCCAAUUAGGACCCCAUCUGGGGCAGCAAGUGCACUGCAGAUGGUCUCCUGGAGGACACAGAAUGUGAAUUUUGAAGGACAGCUGUGCAUACGGCAGGCCCUGCACAGCCCAGUGUGUCAUUCAGCUCAGUGGUAGCCAACGUUCCUGUGAAACCCCCAGGCCUGGUGCAAGGUCUGCACAUAUCUGAUUCCUCCAACUCCAGCACCUCUUUGGCCUGGCAGGUGCCUGUAGAGGGAGACCCACCCCCCAGCUACAUCCUUGAGAUGUGGACUGAAGACGACAAGGAGUGAUUUAAGUGUGCAAAGAUCCCCAGCUCAGACACCUGCUACACAGUGGGAGGCCUCACUGACUUCUUUCGAAUCUGGGCUGUGAAGGAGGCUGUUGGAGGCCCCAUGGAGCUAGACAAGGGGGUCCAUGCCAUGGCACCACCCAGCGGCCCCAAGUUUGACCUCAGUGCCUGAAUGAAGAGUCACGUGGCGGCUCACAAUGGGACAGCCCUCUACAUCCACGCAGCCUUCUCUGGCUAACCACCCCUCCAUGUGCUCUGGUAGCAAGAUGGCAUCCCUACCAAGGCAGAAACUAUCACCAAGGGCUAAAGCCACUCCUAAUUCCUCCUCAACAGCACCACACGCUCUGACUCGGCUGGCUAUCAAAUCUUGCUCCAGAAUGAGUUUGGAGAGGCAUGCUACAAUGUCCGUGUGCACACGACAGCCCCUACACACCUACACCUGUUUGAGGAGGUUCCCAACACGGUGACUCUGACCUGGAACCACAGCCCCAACGUGCAGGAUGGAGAGCCCACUGUGUCAUCAUGAAGUAGGAUGCAAGCCCUGCCUCUGGUCCACUGUGGCAACAAGUGCCCCAUGACAGGGUUGCUCCCAGGCAGGAAGUAUUACUUUAGAGUGGUGACCAAUGAAAUUGGUGACAGUGACCCACUGGACUCCAAGGGUACCUGGCUUGUCAAUGAGACCAAAUGCAAUGGCGGCUGGGGCCUUCAGGACUGGCAUCAUGCGCCAGGCUUCCUGACCCCGCUCAAGCCACACAAGGUGCUCUGUGACCAGGACUGCACCAUGACUUGCACCUUCCUUGGGAACCCGUGUCCCAUGGUGACUUUCUACAAGAGUGAUGUCAACGUCACGGCCAACUCCAACUCCGUGAGUGGUGUGUGCAUCCUGCUCAUCCCCACUGCACACGCUCAAGGACAGCAGGAGCACAGCACGCUGUCAGAGAAUGAGCUGAGCAAGGACCACAGCAGCUGCACGCUCACCGUCUAUGACAAAGAUGACAAGACAACCCUGGUGCCCAUUACAGCGAGUCUGCAGAAGAAAUCAAAGCACCUUACGUGGCCUCCAGUCCAGCCCAGGCAUCAGGAAGCCGAUAUGAUGUGGAGCUUUGUGGCCUGGCCCCUGCAUGGCCCCAUUCUUCUCCAGUAG